AUGUACAUGCCUGCCUUUGCUUCCAGCCUCUCGGGCUCCCUGGCCACCCAGGCCGUCUUGCUGGGUCUGGGGGUGGGGAACGCGAAAGCCUCGGUGUCGGCCGCCACCGCCACCUGGCUGGUAAAAGAUUCAGCUGGCAUGCUGGGCCGCAUCGUCUUUGCUUGGUGGAAGGGGAGCAAAUUGGACUGUAAUGCAAAGCAGUGGAGGCUCUUUGCUGACAUCCUCAAUGAUAUAGCCAUGUUCCUGGAGAUUAUGGCUCCCAUCUACCCAAUCUGCUUCACAAUGACUGUCAGCACCAGCAACCUAGCCAAGUGCAUUGUGAGUGUGGCUGGUGGGGCCACAAGGGCUGCGCUGACUGUGCACCAGGCCCGGAGAAACAACAUGGCUGAUGUGUCGGCCAAGGACAGCAGCCAGGAGACACUGGUGAACCUAGCAGGACUCCUGGUGAGCCUGUUGAUGCUACCUCUGGUGUCGGGUUGCCCUAGCCUCAGCCUCGGAUGUUUCUUCCUCCUCACGGCUCUCCACAUCUAUGCCAACUACCGGGCAGUCCGGGCCCUUGUCAUGGAGACCUUGAAUGAAAACCGGCUCCGGCUGGUCCUGAAGCACUUCCUUCAGAAGGGAGAGAUACUUGACCCAGCUUCAGCCAAUCAGAUGGAGCCACUGUGGACAGGUUUCGGGCCAUCUCUGUCUCUGUCCCUGGGGGUUCCCUUACAUUGCUUGGUUUCCAGUGUGUCUGAGCUGCAGCAGCUGGUAGAAGGGCACCAGGAGCCCUACCUCCUUCGCUGGACUCCAUCACGACACCAGGUACAGGUGGUUCUGAGCCAGAUGGCAGGCCCUGAGACUGUCCUAAGGGCUGCUACACAUGGUUUGGUGCUUGGAGCUCUGCAGGAAGAUGGACCCCUUCCAGGAGAGCUGGAGGAGCUGAGAAGUCAAGUUCAGGCAGGUCCUGAGAAAGAUGGCGGUGCCAUUGUCAGGGAGACAUACCAAGUGCUGGACAAGCUAUUCCCAGAGUUUUUGAAAGGAUUGCAGGCUGCAGGCUGGAAGACUGAGAAGCACCACCUGGAGGUGGAUGAGUGGAGGGCCACAUGGCUCCCAUCUCUGGAAAAGAAGGUCUUGUGAGCAGUCCAUGGCCA